CAUUUGUGCGCUUUCUAAGAGGUCAUUCUUAUCUUUCCGCAGAGAGAGAGAGAGAGGUGGUGCUGUGACUGUGAUGGGGAAGACGAAGAGAGAGCUGUUGUCUUCGGCGCCAUGGAGAGGGGAAGAAGUGGACGCCGACAAAUUCAAAGACGCGAAACUAAAAGUGACCCGCCAACCAGGCUCCACUCCGACGAUGCACGUCCCCGGCAAGAAGACGUCCGUCUCCUCCAAAAAGCCUUCCCAUGACCAGGACGAUGGUUCUCUCUCUGAGAUCGAUCCCGAGCUCCGUUACAGCUUCCAGCGUAACUUCCAGUUUCUUCGAAGGGUAUUCAGCAUAGACACCAUUGUGAAACCUCUUCCUCCUGCGAUGGCAUACAAUGCCUCCCGCAACUUGAGUUUCUUUACUCGAAUCUUCACUCAGUUCUUUGAUCCUGACGGCAUCUCAAAUGCACAGAAAUCUCUUGGAUUAGGACAAGAAGAGAAAGUUCGUAAAGUCCGUUGAACAAAUUCUGCAACUUUUGCACAUUUCCUGUCUUGUGUCUGUUAGAAAAGUUUUGUAUUUUCACUUGAUGAAGAACCGCUAUACAUAUUAAUGCUUCCUGUAUGAACAAAUUUGGGAUCUUCCAUGACCAGACUGACUAUAUAUCAUUUGAUUUUGGUUCC